AUGGAAAACGGUUUACGGUUCCAACACAGAUUUCGCGUAUCAUUUGUCUCUCAUGCCAGCGGAUUCGAUUCGCUUUUCGUGCAGCUACGCAUUUUCGACGGCGCUGCUGCUCUCGUUCUGCCAAUGCCCGCUCUCUUUGUUUCCCAUCGCCAUAGGCCGGAACCGGUAUGGUACAAACCCGGAAACGGUGGUGUGACGAGUGCCGCAAUGGAUUCGAUUUCGACCAGACUAGACUCGUCUUCCAAUUCUUCCGAGGAUCUCUCGUUGUCUGGGUUUCUGCCGUCACAUGGUCGUAGUAGUACUGCCGUGACCUGUAUCGCUAGCGAUGGCGACUCUCCUGGCCACACAGCCUUCGCCCUCCGUUCGUACAAUAGGAACUCUCAUCGCGUGCGAACUCGUCCAAGGAACCGAGCGAACGCUCUGCCUACAGCUUGCGUGGCCGUAGGCAGCAACAGGGAAACUCCAUGUCGCAAACAACGGCAACUUGAAAAAACCGGAAUCAGAUCUCGUCCGUAG